UUAUUUGCCAACAAGUGUUUUUGUUAUUGAAAUUUAUAGUCAUGCGUAACACUAGAUUGUUGAUACUUUUUACCACAAUAAUUGCUGUAAUUGUCUUCGUUGUCGUUACUUUUAAUGAGUUGAUUUUGAACGAGUUCUUCCUCAAUCACCACACAUUCGCCCAGUGUCAAUGGCCAUCGGAGUUAAGAAAUCCAUUGAAAGCAAUGAUUAUUGCCGACACACAUCUCGUAGGUCCAAUCAGUGGCUACUGGCCCGAUAUGAUAUUGCGUGAUUGGCAAAUGGGACGAGCGUACAAUACAGCAAUUUCAUUGCACCAACCCGACGUCGUUUUCAUAUUGGGUGACCUAUUCGAUGACGGCGAAUAUGUUGAUGGUAAAUACUUUCAAGGGAACUAUUUGACACGGUUCCAUCAGACAUUCCAGACACCAAAGCACAUUAAAGUGUUCAGCGCUGUGGGAAAUCAUGACAUCGGCUUUCACUACUCAUUGACUCCGUACUUUCUCCGUCGUUUCGAAACCGCAUUCACCGAAAGUGCUAACACAUUGUUUACAAUCAAAGACACUCAUUUCGUUCUACUGAAUUCGGUGACACUGGAACAGGACGGAUGUUCCCUUUGUGAAAAAGCCGAAGCAGAUAUUGCUGCAAUUUCAAAACGAUUAAACUGUGCGAAACAACAGAACCGCAACAGUAGCGAUUGUCGCAUGAUACCAGACAAGUUGCCCUUCUACUCGAAACCGGUUCUUUUGCAACAUUUCCCUACGUACCGGAAGUCGGACGAUGAAUGCGAGGAGCACGAUUCGUAUGAGGUGGAAAUUAAUAAAGAGAAAUGGGAUGUUCUGUCGGUGAAUGCAACCGACUUUCUGGGUAAACAAUUGGAUCCAAGUGUCGUAUUUUGUGGACAUACACAUCACUAUUGUCGUUCAUACAAUAAGUGGGGCAUAGAGGAGUACACGGCCGCUUCAUUUAACCGACGACAAAAGCGGAACCCCAGUUUUCUAUUGGUCGAGUUCUCUGGAGAAAAUUAUGCCGUUACAAAGUGCAAUAUGCCCAGCCGAACGAUUUCCGUUGUAAUUUACGUUAUUUGUUUUCUAGUCGCUAUCAUCUCAUUGUAUUACCUGAAAUACAGUAAACAUGCACGCAGGUUGAGGAUGAAUUCGAGUCGGAGGAGCUCUAUGUAUCCCUUAUAACAACGUGUCCCAACAUCUGUCAUUGGGAGUAUUUUUCAUCAGCAACGAAAACACAGCUUAUCGUACGAAUUGCUAAUGUGGACCCGAGGAAAUGGUUUCGCAACUCUACGAGAAAAUGCCACUUGUAAAUAUUCAGCGAAAAAUCGAUGAAACACGCAGAUGGUGUCACAUGAUUUUGAAUAGUCAGUGACCCGUCGGAGAUGCUUUACUGACAUAAUUGUUAACUUUGCCGGUCGCGUUUGAUAUAAACUAAAAUGUCACAAAGGCUUUAUUGAAGAAGAGGCGGGAGAUUUAAGGAGAAGGAGACAAGUGUAAUACACCGGUGAAUUAUCACCAGACUGAAAAUGUAAUUAUCGCCGAGAAUUAUACUUCGGGUAAUAAUCAGUCAAAACAUUUGGAGCAAAAAUUUUGGCACAAAUUCAAUGGGGUCGUUCGUUUGAGUCACAUUUUGUGAAAGGGAAAAAUUUAAUGGAGUCGUUCCCAGGCUGCAAAUAGUUGGGGUAGUAAUUCCUGGACGAAGACCAGAGUGAUAAAUUCAAUUUUUAUCAGUUCUGGGAAUCAUGUCCAGGAGGAAAAUACCCGUCACCUCAAAUGAUCCAUUAAUUAAUUUGGUUUUUCAUUUUUGAAAAUUUGUCACCUUAAAAAACACUUUAAUUCAAAGGCACAUCAAGUCUAAGUUUUAUAUGUUCAUUCUUAAGAUGCAAACGACAGCUUCUCACUUUUCUCGCUUUUAUUUUACUGAGCAAUGUAAUGUUAUACCAAGCCAUGGAGACUCACUCAUGACAGCCAAAAUUAAUUGGGGAACUUAGUCAAACGCAGACUAAUUUUUUGUUACAAAACCAGCUGUGACGAAAUGGUUGUAUAUCAAAUAACAAUCCACGGGCCAGUGCACUCUAAGGUAGAACAACAAUUCAUUUUUUGGAUACUUCUUAUUAAUCGCUCUACUUACCUAUAACUAAAAUCUAUUUAUAAUUCGGAACACUUGCGAUAUCGAAACAUACACAAAACUUACAUUACUCUAUCGCAAACAUUUGUUAUUAGCCCAAUAUCGCAGUUGUCGUUUUAUCUUGCCAUAUAGGUAGAUAGAGCGAUGAAAUAUCAAAAAAAAAGUUACAUAUCUGAGGCGUGAAAAUGACAAUUUUCACACCUCUGAACAGCGCAAUAAAAUUGUUCUCAAGUCUUUAUUGCAUUAAGACUUUCUCUGUUUGGGCGAAAAUAUUUUUUGACCUAUGUGGAGCUAGUUUCAUAAAAGCGAUUACCUAAGUGAGGGAUAAACUUGAUGUGAAUUGCUGGAAAUACGUUAGAAAUCUUACAAGUUUUAUCUUAAAGACUACUGGGGAAAAAUACUUUUGUUUUGACUUUGCUAAGUAAGUUCAUAUUAUUUGUGACAAAACUUUAUGUAUCUGAUAUUUAAGAGCGCGACCAGACUUAGCAUUCAUAAUAUCGCACACAUUUAACCCAUCCCAUCGAUUGAUUGUUAAUUGUUGAAUCAUUUGUAUAAAAACGAAAAUAAAUUGAGUUACAACAUUUUCUAUUA